UCUCAAUUUACGGAUACUCUAUUUCAAUCUUAUAUCAACUUGUUUUUAAAAAUAAAACAAGAAAGCAGCGGCUGGCCAGCCGAUUGUGUAAGCUCGACCGAACGAAAACGCUACAUUGAAGCCUAUUUUGAGCGAGAGGGUGUGCAGCUUGAUGAAUUUAAUAUUAAGAAGAAUCCUGGAAGACGGCAAGUAGCCAAAUUGGCUUUGAACAGCUUCUGGGGGCGAUGGGGAAUGAACCUGAACAAGAUACGUUUGACUUAUGUUCAUACAUUACCUGAUUUCAAUAAAUUAUUAGCAGAUCCAACAAAAAAUAUCAAAGACUUAUAUUUUCCGACUCCUGAAGUAGCUGCUGUGCAAUGGGACUAUAAACAUUAUUUUGUUCCACAGGACACAUCCACAAAUGUGUUCUUGGCAGCUUUUACUACUGCAUGGGCACGGUUAAAGCUUUACAGUGAAAUGGAGAAGUUGGGCCGUGCUGUGUUGUAUCAUGACACGGAUUCAAUUAUAUACGCAAGCGAUUUUACCAACGAUCCGCCUCUUGGUAAUUUUUUGGGGGAUUUUACAGAUGAACUCAAUGGAGAUACUAUUACUACAUUUGUCUCUGGUGAGCUUCAUUUUUAUUUUUAUUUUUUAUUAGGUUGAU